AUGGCUCCGUCGAUUCCAGCCACUCCAUCUCCCAGUUUCAGCAGGUCUACUCCUGCAUCUCCGAUAUCUCGCCCUUCAAAGAAAGUACAUCGUCCUAGAAAGAGGGUUCCAGCACCGGCUUCAAGGUCAAAUACUGGAAAAAGCGUUAACAAGAAGAGCAAGAAAGAUGUCACUAUCUCAGAGCUACAUAAUCCCCUAUGGGUUGACUUUGAGGAUCAGAAAGCACUUGAACGUGGCCAAGGCAAGAACCGUCCUUCUAAAUUCUAUCGGUACCACUUCGAGAAUGCGGCGACACUGAGUCUUUUCGUAAACAAGAUCAAUCACAUCAGCCACAAAGAAGUUCUUGAUCUCAAGCUUCAAGAUGGGAACGCUUUCCAAUCCGUCGGAACUCUCAAACCCAACUUGGAUAUCACGAAAGAACGUAUCGAUCGACACUAUAAAGUGAAGCAGAUGAAGAAUCCUUCUCCGUAUAUAUCUGCUAUGUCUUCCCUCAAAGACGCGGAAGACACUGUUCGUAAGAUGUAUAAGACUCGUACCAGCGCCCCACGCCGUCUCUUGAUCGCGGAGAUCGACGUCUCAGGACUUGUACCUGCUACAUUGAAGACAACUAUGUCAACCACCCAAGGAGACCACUCUUCCGACAAGUCAGAUCCACGCACAUCGUCUACCAACGACCGUGAUGUCGAGAUAACCAUAUGGGUUUUAGAUGCUGUUCCAUAUGAAGGAUCCUCAGCCAUCCGCCCGUCGCGCAAGCUGGACGAGAUCCUCGACUCUGGUGGCCUCAUCUGGCUAUCCGUGAACGAACUCACGAGAUCAGACAUGGAACUAUGGGCCAUGAAGAGUCACGAGAACGAGUGGCUGGCCCUGAGCAGAAUCCCGGAGGGACUUGUCACUAACGUCAUGCCUUUCGAUGGCGCUUUUCUACACUCACAAAAGGGUUACGAGGUUGUCCGCAGCCGUCUGAGCGAGGAAAUCUAUCUUUGGAACUUCGAAAUCAAGAUGUGGGUUCAUGACCCGGAUCUUGCGGAUUUCCGACCCUAUCGUAUAGCAAGGGAUGGCGAAGAGUUCGACUCAGAUUCCGACUAG